GGAGGAGGAAGGGGGCGGCCGCCAUGUUGGGCCGGGCCGCGGAGGAGGAGGAGGAGGAGGAGGAAGGGCGGGGUCGGUGGGUGUCUCUCGCUCGCUCGCUCUUUCUCACUUGCUUUCUCUCCCGGCCUCAUGCGUUUCCCCCCCCUCGCGGCGCUCGCCCGCUCUCCCUCGCUCUCGCUCUGUCUUUUUUGGGCGCCAUGCUGAGGGGAAGGGAAGAUGGUGAGUUGGAAGAAGGCGAACUGGAGGAUGACGGGGCCGAGGAGACCCAGGACGCCUCCGGAGGCCCCGAGAGGAGCCGGAAGGAGAAGGGGGAGAAGCACCACAGCGACUCAGAUGAGGAGAAGUCUCACCGGAGGCUGAAGCGGAAACGCAAGAAAGAGCGGGAGAAGGAGAAGAGGAGAUCCAAGAAGAGGAGGAAAUCCAAGCACAAACGCCACGCUUCUUCCAGCGAUGACUUCUCUGACUUCUCAGAUGACUCGGAUUUCAGCCCCAGCGAGAAGGGGCACCGCAAGUACAGAGAGUACAGCCCCCCCUACGCGCCGUCCCACCAGCAGUACCCGCCGUCACACACCGCGCCCCUGCCCAAGAAGGCCUACUCCAAGAUGGACAGCAAGGGCUACGGCCUGUACGAAGACUACGAGAACGAGCAGUACGGGGAGUACGAGGGCGAGGAGGAGGAGGACAUGGGCAAGGACGACUACGACGACUUUGCCAAGGAGCUGAACCAGUACCGGCGGGCCAAGGAGGGCAGCAGCCGGGGCCGAGACUCUCACCGUCUGAAUCACCAUGCAGGCAAUCGAGGCCGUGGCAGGGGCUACCGAGGCCGUGGAAGCCGUGGAGGGUCUCGAGGCCGAGGCAUGGGCAGGGGCAGCCGAGGCAGAGGCAGAGGCUCCAUGGGGGGAGACCACCCGGAGGACGAAGAGGACUUCUAUGAAGAGGACAUGGAAUACGGAGAAAGUGAGGAGCCGAUGGGAGACGACGACUACGACGACUACUCCAAGGAGCUGAACCAGUACCGCCGGUCCAAGGACGGCCGAGGACGAGGGCUAAGUCGAGGCCGUGGCCGGGGUUCCCGAGGUCGAGGGAAAGGGAUGGGCCGGGGCCGUGGUCGAGGUGGCAGCCGAGGAGGGAUGAACAAGGGUGGAAUGAAUGAUGACGAAGACUUCUACGACGAGGACAUGGGCGACGGCGGCGGAAGCUAUCGGAGGGGUGACCAUGACAAGCCCCACCAACAGUCCGACAAGAAAGGCAAAGUCAUCUGCAAAUACUUCGUGGAAGGGCGGUGCACCUGGGGAGACCACUGUAAUUUUAGCCACGACAUCGAGCUACCAAAGAAGCGAGAACUGUGCAAGUUUUACAUCACCGGAUUUUGUGCCAGAGCCGAGAACUGCCCCUAUAUGCAUGGUGAUUUUCCGUGUAAGUUGUACCACACGACCGGGAACUGCAUCAACGGCGAUGACUGCAUGUUCUCUCACGACCCCCUGACCGAAGAGACCAGAGAGCUCUUGGACAAGAUGUUGGCUGAUGACGCAGAGGCAGGCGCCGAGGAUGAGAAGGAAGUUGAGGAGCUGAAGAAGCAGGGCAUCAACCCCCUGCCCAAACCACCCCCUGGCGUGGGCCUCCUGCCCACCCCGCCCCGCCCACCUGGCCCCCCGGCCCCGACCUCUCCGAAUGGCCGGCCCAUGCAGGGUGGCCCCCCGCCCCCGCCCCCACCCCCCGCCUCCGCCCCCGGCCCCCCUCAGCUGCCCAUGCCCGUGCACGAGCCGCUGUCCCCACAGCAGCUGCAGCAGCAGCAGGACAUGUACAACAAGAAGAUCCCCUCCUUGUUUGAGAUCGUGGUGCGGCCCACAGGACAGCUGGCUGAGAAACUGGGUGUGAGGUUCCCUGGACCCGGAGGACCCCCAGGGCCGAUGGGCCCCGGGCCCAAUAUGGGACCCCCGGGGCCGAUGGGGGCCCCGAUGCACCCCGACAUGCACCCCGACAUGCACCCGGACAUGCACCCCGACAUGCACCCGGACAUGCACCCCGACAUGCCAAUGGGCCCUGGCAUGAAUCCUGGCCCGCCCAUGGGACCUGGUGGCCCUCCAAUGAUGCCCUAUGGUCCUGGAGACUCCCCACAUUCUGGAAUGAUGCCCCCCAUCCCACCAGCCCAGAACUUCUAUGAAAACUUUUACCAGCAGCAAGAGGGCAUGGAGAUGGAACCAGGACUCAUUGGGGACGCAGAGGACUACGGGCACUACGAAGAGCUGCCGGGGGAGCCUGGGGAGCGCCUCUUCCCCGAGCACCCUCUGGAGCCUGACAGCUUCCCUGAGGGAGGGCCCCCAGGCCGGCCGAAGCCGGGCGCCGGUGUCCCCGACUUCCUGCCCUCGGCCCAGAGGGCCCUGUACCUGAGGAUCCAGCAGAAGCAGCAGGAGGAGGAGGAGAGAGCGAGGAGGCUGGCUGAGAGCAGCAAGCAGGACCGGGAGAAUGAGGAAGGUGACACUGGAAACUGGUACUCAAGUGAUGAGGAUGAGGGUGGGAGCAGCGUCACCUCCAUCCUGAAGACCCUGAGGCAGCAGACGUCUAGCCGACCCCAGGCUUCCGUCGGGGAGCUGAGCAGCAGUGGGCUGGGAGACCCCCGCCUCCAGAAGGGACACCCCACAGGAGGGCGGCUGGCUGACCCCCGCCUCAGCCGGGACCCCAGACUUACCCGCCACGCCGAGGCUUCCAGCAGUUCAGGCCCAGGUGACACAGGACCCUCUGACCCUCGACUGGCUCGCUCCCUGUCCACCCCCAAGCCCGAAGGCGGCCUUCAUUCCAGCCCCGCAGGCCCCAGUGGCUCCAAGGGGUCUGGGCCACCCCCUGCAGAAGAGGAGGAAGGGGAACGGGCCCUUCGGGAGAAGGCUGUGAACAUUCCCCUGGACCCCCUCCCUGGGCACCCACUGCGGGACCCGCGAUCGCAGCUGCAGCAAUUUAGCCACAUCAAGAAGGACGUGACCCUGAGCAAGCCGAGCUUUGCCCGCACUGUGCUCUGGAACCCAGAGGACCUGAUCCCCCUGCCCAUCCCCAAGCAGGAUGCAGUGCCCCCCGUCCCCGCGGCCCUGCAGUCCAUGCCUGCCCUGGAUCCCAGGCUGCACCGCACCGCCACCUCGGGCCCCCCCAACCCCCGGCAGCGCCCAGGCACCUCUACAGAUCCCAGCACAUCUGGCUCCAGCCUGCCUGACUUUGAGCUCCUCUCUCGCAUCCUCAAGACUGUCAAUGCCACUGGCCCCUCGGCAGCCCCUGGCCCUGGUGACAAGCCCAGUGACCCCCGAGUGCGGAAGACACCCACCGACCCCCGGCUGCAGAAACCAGCAGACUCUGCUGCCUCCUCCCGGGCGGCCAAGCCUGGCCCCACUGAAGCGCCCUCUCCAGCUGCCAGCCCCAGUGGGGAGUCCUCCCCGCCAGCCACCGCCCCCUAUGACCCCCGCGUGCUGGCAGCUGGAGGCCUGGGCCAGGGCAGCGGCAGUGGGCAGAGCAGCGUGCUGAGCGGCAUCAGCCUCUACGACCCCAGGACUCCCAACGCGGGUGGCAAAGCUGCAGAGCCGGCCGCUGAUGCAGGCACCCAGCCCAAGGGCCCUGAGGGCAACGGCAAGAGCUCCGCCACCAAGGCCAAGGAGCCCCCAUUUGUCCGCAAGUCCGCCCUGGAACAGCCUGAAUCGGGGAAGUCCGGGGCAGAUGGGGCCGCAGCCACGGCCACAGACAGGUACAACAGUUACAACCGGCCCCGGCCCAAGGCUGCUGCGGCCCCCGCUGCCGCCACGGGCGCCCCGCCAGCAGAGGGCGCUCCGCCCCAGCCCGGCGUGCACAACCUCCCAGUGCCCACCCUCUUCGGGACCGUGAAACAGGCACCCAAGACGGGCUCCGGAAGCCCAUUUGCUGGCAACAGCCCGGCCCAAGAGGGACAAAGGGAACAGCAGGCGUCAAGAAGGCACUGAGCGCUGCUCACCCUGUGGUGCAUGAGCAAGAAGAGACGGAGCCGAGAUGGUGGGCAGGACCCGCAUGGAAGCAGGUCUAGGCAUUUCUGCGUCUCCUCUGCAGUGUGCAGGCCAUGAUGACCCGCUUCAGGGGCCAGCGGAAGUGAGAAAGUGUCAAGACAGAAGGAAAAGAGAAAGAGCCUUUGGAAGCUGCCUGGGCGGGGAGAAACAAAGUCCUUUUCCACUGCUGUCUCAUCUGGAUUCACACACCGGCCUCCUUGCCAUCCUCCGUCCAGAGUUCAUCCCAGAGCAAACCAGCGCCCUCCAGCCUGCGACAGAAGACUCCGGGUGAGAACUGGACCUGGAGUCGGCAAGGCUGGUGUGGCCAGGAGCUGCUUGCGAGAGGCAGAGCGCGCGCUUUCCGUCAGCUUAGCCCGUCCCGUCCCGUCUUGUCCCGGCCGCGCCUUUCCCCCUUGUGCUGGGCUCCGUCCUGGGCUCAGAAGGCAAAGCUCCCAGUGAGCCGGCCCCGGCCCUCUGGGGACAGCUCAAGGACCCAUGGCGUGGCCACGCCACCAGGCUCCUGAUGGAGGGAUCCCCGGGUGGUUCUCGGCAAAGUGUUUUGCUUUCUCCGCUUUCUUCACACCUCCUUGCACCAUAUUUUUAGGGCCCGUGGUUUUGGUGUGUUUGGUUUUCUUCCAAGCCGACAGGUGCAUGGGUUCGAGGCGUGUACAGAGUUGGAUUUGUGGCUGCUUCCAGGAGGGGGCCUGAGGACACGGUGGGAGACUAGCCAGGGCAGGGUGUGGGCUGCUGGGCCCUCUCCAGGAGAGGGACUGGGACCCCCACUGUGGGCAGGGGCCGUGGGACCCAAAGCCUGUAUCCUACUCUCCUCCUCCGGCUGAGCCGGGAAGGGAGCAUAGAUGCCUGCCCAGGCUCCCCCCACCUCCCCCAAGACCCUGGCUGAGGUCCCAUCCUGUCCACAGAACCCCAGAGGAGGCCCACCCCGUGGACGUGGCCUGAGGGGAACUGGGCAAGGCCUGUGCGGCCAGGGCUCCUUCCCGCCUGUGUGUCAAUACUUGCCGGCUGUCUCCUGCCUUUUUCCUCCUCAUCCCACCAUCUCAACCACCUCACUUAAGGGCCCUGACUCUUACUAAUAAUGAGGAAACAUGGUGUCCCAGCCAAAGGGUUCCCCCUCCCACCUCCUUGGGGUAGGAGGUUAAAGAGGGUUCAAUACCAAACGCCCUGCCCCAGAAGAGAAAUAGCCAUUGAGUUUGGGGCCAGAAGCAAGGGCGGGAGAGGCAGUGCGCCAUGAUCAGGUUGGUUUGGUUUGUCUUUGUGUCUUUUUGUUUUGUUUUAAACAAUCAUCAGUGGAGAUUUUCUUCAGCCACCAGUGUUGGCCUUGAAGCGGAGGGCUGCAGCCCUUAGUGUUUGUAAAAUAAGAAAGAAUACACAGUGUGGCUGUGGUUGGGUUUUUUUUCCCCUCUUUUGAGAAUUUUUUUUAUAAAAGCAAAAUUAAAUACUUUUUUAAAACUGAAAUCUGUGGAUGAAAUAGAAGCUGGAACCCUCCUGUUGGAAUAUUCAGCCUAAGAACCUCAUGGGACUAUGAAUUCACCCGAAAUUUUCAUUUGCCAUCAGGCCGAGCUUUUAAAGAAAAAUUGUUCUCUAACCAGGAUUGUAACAAAAGUGUAAAUACUAUUUCAGAGUUGAAAGUUGAUGGUGCAAAUAUGUAUAUAACGUACUGUAUUUUUACAAUGAUCGUCGCAUGACUCUAUUCCACCCCCUUUUUGUACUCCAUAUCUGUCUUCCAGAAAUGUCACCUGCCCUUUCUCCUGUGGUCUCUUAAUCCAAUAAUUGUAUUACUGCCAUUAAAGGAUGCAGUUAUUU